AUGGCUACAUGUGAUGACUAUGGAGGUGGAUAUGACUUUAAGUUUGUUGAUGGUGAUCCUCCAGAUGAGUAUCAAUGCCACAUCUGUACACUGGUAGCACAGGAUCCUCAACAAGUUACCUGCUGCUACAAUAUAUACUGUAAGAGCUGUCUGGAUACACUAAAAGAGAAGGGCCAAGGGUUUAUCUGCCCAACUUGUCGUAGCUCACUAGAAGGAAAGUACUUUAAAGAUGGAAGAGUAGAAAGGGGAAUAAAGUCACUUAAGGUUUAUUGCACUAACACUGAUAGUGGGUGCCAAUGGAUGGGGACUAUUAAUGAUAUUGAUACUCAUCUUAUUAAUAGUUGUACCUAUCAACUGGUACCUUGUACUAAUGAGUGUGGAGAGAUGAUUAGGAGAAGUUCACUGAAGACACAUCUGACAGACAACUGUACUAAACAAAUGGUUAACUGUCAGUAUUGCAAGCGAAAAGGACUGUGGAAGUUGAUAGCAAGUGAAAGCCAUCUUGAUGAGUGUCCUGACCUCUUAAUCCAAUGUAGUAAUGAAGGUUGCAAUAAGAAGAUAUUGAGACGUUCACGAGCAUCACACAAUGAGACCUGCCCUAAAGCUAUUGUACCAUGUGAAUACAAUACUGUUGGAUGUGAAAAGAGAAUGAAGAGAGAAGAACAAGAGAAGCACAAUGAAGAAUCGAUGAAACAGCAUCUGAAGGCAGCAGUGAAGAAGAUUGAGGUACUACUUCCAACCAACCAACUCUUUAAGCUAAAUGAAUACACAGAACUGAAAGAAGAAGAAGAGGAUUGGUACAGUCCAGGCUUCUAUACAUCACCAGGAGGAUAUAAGGUGUCAUUAAAUGUUGUUGCUAAUGGAUGUGAUGAUGGUGAAGACACACAUGUCUCAUGCUACAUAUGUCUCAUGGCAGGAGAAUAUGAUGAUAUAUUGGAGUGGCCAUUUCAAGGAGAAGUUACAGUAGAGCUACUGAAUCAACUGGAGGAUAAGAAUCAUUGUAAGUUGUCUGUACCAUUUGAUGAGUCAACACCAGAUAGAUAUAAGCAAAGAGUAAGGGAAGGUAGAAACACAGUAGGAAUGGGUCGUCAGAAAUUUAUACCACAUGAAGAGUUAGAGUAUGAUCCAGUUACUAAUUGUCAGUAUCUUAAAGAUGAUAGUCUGUACUUCAGAGUCACUACAUCGAAGACAAAGCCAUGGCUGGCAUUAAGAUAA